AUGCACACCACGGCCGCCAUCAGUCCGUCCCUGCGUGCUCUCCCUCGACUACGCCAUGGCUCCGCGCGAUUCCCGUCAAUCCGCCUUGCUGCUCCGUCCCACGUACCACCUCGUACCCAGUGCCACUUGCAAUCCUCGUCGUUAACGACACGUGUCGCUCCCGCCGUGCGCAGCGGGGAGCUCAAGGAACGGGACGCGUUGCGCGAAUGGCGCGUGAGUGCCGGCGGCGUGGCUGCCUUGCGGUCGCUCUCUCCUUGUACCCUGAUUCAUGCUGCUUCUCUGGCGCGUGUGCUUGUAAAGGGAGGCUGGAGAACGCACGCGGUGAGGGAGCCGGCAGUCGCGGGGGAGAGAAGGGGAGAGAGCGGCGAAGGCGAGGAGGAGGAGGAGGAGGAGGAGGAGGAGGAGGAGGAGGAGGAGGAGGAGGAGGAGGAGGAGGAGGAGGAGGAGGAGGAGGAGGAGGAGGAGGAGGAGGAGGAGGAGGAGGAGGAGACAGAGCAUAGGGAGUUACGCGGAGAUCCGGAUGGGCUGGCGGCGGGCGGCGAAGGGGAUGGCGCGGCUGGGGGAAGGGCGGAUGCGGAGGAUGGGGGAGAGACGUUGGAGGAUGUGGUGGGGGAUAUGCUGCCACGAUGGCUGCUGGACAGGGCGUGCGAGUUAGGGUUCGAGCGCCCCACGGAGACCCAAAGGCACGCCCUGCCAGUGCUGCUCAGCGGCCAGGACGCCAUCCUUCACGCACAGACGGGGUCGGGCAAGACGGUGGCGUUUCUGCUGCCGCUGCUAGCAAGCAUCGACCCCUCACGCAGGGCGCUGCAGGCCAUGGUGCUGCUGCCCACGCGCGAGCUCGCCAUGCAGGUGGGGCGGCUGGCGCGCAGGCUGGGGGUGGUGAAGGGGCGAAUGGGGGAGGAGGCGGAGGGGAGUGAGGACGAAGAGGAGGAGGGUGUGGAUGGGGGUAGUGGUGAGGAAGUUAUGGAGGGGAGGGGAGAGGAGGGGCAGCAGGAGCGGAGAGGGAAGAAGGGGCGGAUGGGCAGGCAAGAGGGGAAGGGAAAGGGUGCUGAAUGGAAAGGGGCGAGUGGGAGGGGAGGAGGCAAGGGGGGCCGAGAGAGGGUGGGUGUGAUGGUUGUGGGCGGGGAUGGGGAGUCCAACAAGCCAACGAGGAGACAAAGUCCCCUCUCUCCCUCCACUCCGCCCGGUCCCUCCCCCCUCUUCUCCCCUCAAGGCGGAGCCCCCCCACGUGCUGGUGGGCACACCGGACGCCAUUCUGGCGCUGCACCGCCACCACCCCCUCGCCCUGCACUCCCUGCGCUUCCUCGUCGUCGACGAGGUGAGGAAGGGGGAAGGGGAGGGGGCGGAGUGGGGGGGAAGAGGACGGGGGGAGAGGAGAAGGGGGGAAAGGUGAUGGAUUCAGGGUUGCAACGUUUCCACCCCCCUCUCAUGACUAUCCCCGCACAAGGCAGAGAUAAGGGCAGCACAGGCCGCCCCGCGCUAACUAGUGCUGGUGGCCGCUGCAAUUUUGCCUCUCUCAGUCUACCUUACCUACCUCUCCUUCUUUCUCUCCUUUCCUCUCCUCCCUCUUGCCUCUCCUCCCCUCACUCUUUCCCCUCUUUCCCCUCUUUUCCCUCGCCCUUCGCCCCUCGCCAGGUGGAUGCAGUGUCGGUGUCGUCCAAGCUCUCCGGAUCCCAGUCCCUCCAUAAGCUCAUCUCGCUCUGCCCGCCGCCCCGCCAACACGCACUCACAGGGCAAGCAGCAGCUGGUGGUGGCGAGAGGAAGGGGGAGCGGAAGGGCAGUGGAGGGGAGAGACAGACAGUGCUGGCCACGGCUACGUGCACUCACCAGUAUUCUGUUGCUUGCACAGGCACAGAUUACUCACAUCACCCAUGCAUCACUCAACGCCUGCUUGCCUAUGUGUGCCCCUCGCCCCUCACUCCUCACCCCUCGCUGCUACGAGCAUGGCAGGAGGCGGUGGUGUAUCUGCACGUGCACUCCACCAUGCCAGCAGGUCUCAUUCAUCGAUACGCUACGUGCUCCUCCCCUUCCAAGAAGCUUCCUCUGCUGUUGGAUCUGCUACAGGCGGACCGUCCUACUGCUGCAAUGGUGUUUGUCAGGCAACUGAGUGACAAGGAGCGCAGUGCAGGGAAGGAGGGUCCGUGUCGUGUCGUUGCAUCCUUCCUCUCCUCUCACCUCACUGCCAGUGUCAACCAGCCUUUCACCAAUGGCGCUGCAGUUGGAGAUGGCACUAAGGUGGAGGGGGACAGCAGAGAGGAGGUUACCAAGGCAGGUCAUGACACAAAGGCUGCGAGUGCUCAAGGGCAUGGCAGCAGUGGGGUAGGGCCUCUGGUGUGGUGUUUGGAGGCAGAGGGCAAUGUGCAUGCUCGCACCAAUGCUCUAGAGGAGUUCCGGUCAUCGUCAGCUCCUCAUCGCAUCAUGGUAACCACCGACUUUGCAUCGCGGGGCCUUGAUAUUCCCGCUGUCUCGCACGUGUACAGCGUUGACUUGCCUGGGGACACUGUGGUUUACACGCACCGUGCUGGCCGCACAGGAAGGGACCCGUUUGGGGGCCAAGGAGGGGUUGUCACAUCGCUCGUAGGGAAGUCGGAAGCGUUUGUUGUGGAACGGAUUGCCAAUGAGCUCAACCUUUGCUUUGAUGUGGUCUGUGAUUCUUGA